CAGUGACGCAGGCCCUGGACUUGCGCGUUCAGCAAAGAGUGGAAGAAGCCGGCUACGACCUUGCAUUCUCAGCCUGAUUCCUGCCUAGCGACCUGAUCUUUCGCAGCUGACGGGAUGGCGUUUGUGAAGAGCGGAUGGUUGCUGCGGCAGAGUACUAUUCUGAAGCGCUGGAAGAAGAACUGGUUUGACCUGUGGUCCGAUGGUCACCUGAUCUACUAUGAUGACCAGACUCGGCAGAGUGUAGAGGAUAAGGUGCACAUGCCGGUGGACUGCAUCAAUAUCCGCAUGGGACACGAGUGUCGGGAUAUCCAGCCUCCAGAUGGAAAGCCCAGAGACUGUCUGCUGCAGAUUGUCUGCCGAGACGGCAAAACCAUCAGUCUCUGUGCCGAGAGCACAGACGAUUGCCUGGCUUGGAAGUUUACACUGCAGGAUUCCAGAACGAACACAGCGUAUGUUGGCUCAGCGAUCCUGUCUGAAGAGACUGCCGUGGCCGCUUCACCACCCGCCUAUGCUGCCUAUGCUGCACCGACCCCUGAGGUCUAUGGCUACGGUCCAUACAGUGGCGCAUACCCAGCAGGAACUCAAGUUGUCUAUGCUGCCAAUGGGCAGGCAUACGCUGUGCCAUACCAGUACCCAUAUGCAGGAGGAGUGUAUGGACAACAGCCUGCCAAUCAAGUCAUCAUCCGUGAGCGGUACCGAGACAGUGACAGCGACCUGGCCCUGGGCAUGCUUGCUGGGGCGGCCACAGGCAUGGCCCUGGGAUCUCUGUUCUGGGUCUUCUAGAGCCUUCAAGGUCUUCUGUGCAUUGCUUCUGUUAGUCCUGUGUGCAAUAAUUGAUUUGCAGGGCAUUUCUGUUUGUGACAAGUGUCUUUUGUAAUAAUUUAAAUAGUUCUUUUGGAGGUGGUAAUCUGAUGAUUGUGACUGACCUGCGUUUUACCACAGAGAUGACCUUGAAGUGUACUAUGAGCGAGAAUCCGAAUUCUUUGGGGUACUGGCUUGCACCAAGUCUUUCUUAGGGAGCUGUCGGGGGGCCUUAUGUAAACACACCCAUUUAAAAGGGCAUUGUCUGCUCAGUUAGGUCCAGUAUUUAAUCAAGGGAUGAUUUUCCCUGCUAUGCCAAUAAUAAUGCGGAUGGAGGAGGAUAUGAAUGAGUGUGGUAAGAAGAAUUCAGCUUCUUUAACUGUGAAAUCUCACUCUAGACCUGGCCGCAUAUUACCGUAGAGCUGUGGGCAGGUGGCCCCUGCAGGGCGGCCGGGUGAGAACCCUCUGAUCUACCCUCGGUAGCUCCCAGGCACCUGCCAGAUUGACUGCUCAGGACGAAAAGGGACGCUCGCUCCCUUUAUAAAUUAUGCUCCAGGAAUAUGUCCAGUUUUAUCCUCGUUAUUCUUCUGUUUGCUUUUCCCGGGAAUAAUUGGAAAUCGUCUCAAGUUAGGAAUUGAUUUGAGCCUCAGAAUUUGGGGACGUUUACCUUUAAACCCUGCUGAAUGAAGAAUAGUGAGUGGCAAGUGGGCGGAGAGAGGCUGGCAUCUGCCCAGUGAUAUGUUGCCAGUGUUUGCUUUAGGUUUGUUGGUUGCUAGCUCAGUGUGUCUAGAGCCUAUUUUUCUAUUUGCAGAGGAAGUAUAUGAGGGGAGAGAGGGAGAGCCUUAGUUCUAUUGUACCUGUGUCAGACCUGGGGCCCAGGCUGCCCAGGGCACUCUUGAACUCCUGGAGAGGCAUGUCCUGAGCAGUGGUAGGGCCCUAUGGCUGUCCAGAGUGUGGGGAUGAACCAGAGCUGGGUGGGGACGACUCGGGUUCUGAGGGAGACAUGAGAUUGGGUCGAGUCUCAGGGGUUUGUUUUAAUCCAUGUUAGUGGGGAUCCAGUCCCGUUUUCAUGCCUGACCCACUCACAAUAGAAAAGCCUACAACUAGAAAGUCCCCAAAUGUGUGACGCUCUGGGAAGCCCACAGUCCUGUUUUCUGGGGAAAAUGUAUUUCUGAUAUUAGAAAAUACAUGUUGCACACAUUUAAAUCUUCUGUUCAUUCACGUCUUAAAGCUUCUGGGUCCAGCUUUGUGACUGACGUGCUGUAAACAGUGCCCUUUCACAAAGGGGGGCAGCACAGUGAAGGCCCUGCUGCCUACUCCCACAGCCCCCUUUCUCCAGCGUGCUCCCAGUGAGCACACACUCUGGCUGUGCCCAGCCCAGCACACGCGUGCUGCCUUGCUACCCUGCUUGGUAGCUUUCUCUUGGUCAAUUCAAGUUUUGAACGUAUCUCCUUGUGAGACAGUUGCCAAGUAGAUGUGAUGGUGCCCAUGGUGUUUUUCUGCCUACUCCUAGGGGACUUGUUGACACAGCCCUGCUCAUUGCCAGCUGAAAUCGGCUUCUCUGUCGUCUCUGGUAGAUGACUUUGUGGUGACAACACGGCUCUGAUGGUUUAUAGUGUCACCUUGAUGAAUGCAAUGUUGAUUUCACAUCACGUGUUGUAAGAAUGGCCUUCUCACAACGUUAUCAUUCUUAAAGUCCACGCUUUACUUACAAAACAUUAAAAUCAGUUUCCAGUGUUGCACAGGGACAUUAAUUUCGAACGUAGUUACUGGGGUUCCUAGAACCAGAGAGUAUUGAAUCAUGCCCCUGAAGUGCUAUUGAAACAGAAUUGUCUCCUACUGUCCCCUGGGUGUGCCCUGCUUAGUCCUUGGCCCCAGUGGAACUAGCUUUAAUAGGCAGCCAUAGUUGAGCCUGAUCGUAUCUUGCCACCGGUUGCUUGUCUGGAAUGAAAUACACUUUGGAUGUGAAGAAUGGCCUCAGGCAUUUCAUUUCCUUGGCUCCUGUCCGCGUAGAUGCUGUCCCUUUGAUUGCUUCAGCCAUGUCAUUUGGCACCUCAGUCAGUCAUGGGGUUCACGAGUUGGCGGGAGCCAUGUGUUCGGGGUUGAGGAGCGUUUCACGUCCAUGGACUUUUACCUCAAGACCCAAGGCUGGGAGAGGUUGGCUGCCGACAUUGUGAAUGACCGAUUUCAUUGCUCUCUUAGUUCCUUGAGUUAACAACUUUCCGUGUGAAAGAUGGAAGCCUGAGGGCCAUGUCUCAGAUCAUCACUUGUCAAGAAGGCCCGGCUUCGCAUAUGUUAGGUCAUGAGUGCCCACAGUAGCCCGUGGAGCAUAGGAAGUUCCUGCGGUGGAGACGGGAGGAUCCAGACUGAUUUUUACAUGUGUUGUUGCUCCUAUGUGACCUUUCAUUUUGCCUUCUAGUUUGUGUAGAUGAAAGGCGGAGGACUCAGGCAAUCUUCUUGUGAUUGCUUUUGCAUUUCUGUUACUCUGCUGCGUCUACGGAGCCCGUUUCCUCCCCCUGUGUGCACAUCGUGUGUAUGUUUGUAAGUGAACUUGUUAAAGUAUUAAAUGAUCAUUAACCUUAAA